AUGAGCGCUGAAUCUAAGCGUUUGGUUGCUCUACCAUCCUGCCGCUCAGUUCCCGUCUCGGUGAAAAAAGGAAGAAGCAGUUUCACGAUCGGAAAUUGCGUUUGGGUCGUCGAUCGUCCCUGUCCGGAUAAUGAUAUUCGGUUUUAUUUAUUCACACGCUCGAACCCAGAUGAUAGACAAUAUAUUCAUAUCGAUGAGAACUGGGAGCAGUCCAAUCUCAGCUCUUCCUAUUUCAACCCAUCCCACCCGGUAAAGGUCAUCAUACAUGGCUAUAACGCCGACAUGUUCCUGACUCCACUUAUAAACAUGAAAGGAGAGUAUCUUUCCCGUGCCAACUACAACCUGUUCUACGUCGAUUGGAGUGACCUUGCCCAUGGUCCUUGCUAUCCUUCGGCUGUACACAACACACGCCACGUUGGAAAAUGCAUUGGUCAGCUGGUCCAGCGGAUCAUCGACGCCGGCACGGAUAACAUACAUCUGGUGGGGUUUUCUCUUGGCGCUCAGGUAACAAACUACGUAUCCACAACGGUUCGGCCUUUCCGAUUGAAGCGAAUCACGGGGCUUGAUCCUGCCAUGCCGCUCUUCAUUACGGCUGCUGUGGACGAUAAACUCGAUCCUUCCGAUGCCGAAUUCGUGGAUGUAAUCCAUACCAACGCUUUGGUGCAAGGCAAGAUCGAACGGUGUGGGCAUGCUGAUUUCUACAUCAAUGGAGGAAUACUGCAGCCGGGUUGCUGGGGAUCUGGACAAAAUCCUAUGGCGUGCAGUCACCACCGUGCUCCAGAUUACUACUCCGAGUCUAUCCGCAGUCUAACAGGCUUUUGGGGCUGGAGCUGUCAAAGCUACGUUUACUAUCUGUUGGGUUUCUGUCCGCAGAACAAUCAACAGGUGGUUGCUGGUGAAGACUGCCCAAUCGGUACGGAGGGAAUGUACCUCAUCACGACUAAUCCUGCUUCACCGUUUGCGAUUGGACGGUGGGUCGGCUUCAGCAUUCCCCAGAAGAAGGAUGCAGUUUUGAACAAGCACGGUCUCAACAGGGACCCCUUCAUCAGCGAUAUCGACCAGUGGGGAAAGCUGGAUAGUUCCUUCAACAACGCGGACCAUUUCCCGACACCGUACUCUCAGGAUCCAAACCAUUCCAACGAUGAUAACGACGAAUGGCCGUACUUUAAUCAUGUUGGAACCAACGAGCUCACCAAAGAGCACAUAAGAAAAAUCCUUGAGCAGGAUAAGUCUCGUUACAAUGGAGACCGACUGCAGGUGCCACCGAGCACGUUAGCCACCUCUAUUCCAACGAUACCGACACCGAGUGACAAUGACAUCGAUGAUGCCUUCUAUCUGCAGGAUUUGAGGCGACGAUUGCAGCAGAAAGAAGCCAGCGUUAUGCAACGCUACGCCAUGCCGAUGUUUAACGCACACUAG